GUCCAGGUACAGCAGGCGCGAGGAGGGAUUGAUGGGGAGGUCGGGAUGUCACGGUUCUGCUCGCAGCGCCAGGGGGAGGGGACCAGCCAGGACGGCUUGUAGGUGCUGCUGUUUGGUUGAUUAAGGGGGUCAGCGUAUGUGUAUGUGUCAUCGAGGUGGGCAGGGACGGGGAGGGCUGUGCGUGGGGGAAGGAUAUAUAGGCUGGUGUGGCUGAUACAGCGGAACCGAGCCUCACAUCCAUCCGAGGGAGCCCAGCGACUGACAGCUCUCAGCAUCUUAUUUCCUGCUCCUGCACCAUGAAAAUCCUGCUGUGUGACCUGCUGCUGCUCAGCCUCUUCCCCAGCAUCUUCAGCAGUUGUCAGAGGGACUGUCUGACCUGCCAGGAGAAGCUCCGCCCAGCCUUGGACAGCUUCAACUUGGAGGUGUGCCUCCUCGAGUGUGAAGAGAAGGUCUCCCCUAGCCCGCUCUGGACUCUGUGUACCAAGGUCAUGGCCAGGGGCUCCUGGCAGCUCAGCCCCACCGACCCCGACCACACAGCGGCUGUGCUCUACCAGCCCGGAGCCCCGGAGAUGCAGCAUCUGAAGCGGAUGCCCCGCGUCGGGAGCCUGUUCCCAGCGCAGGAUGAAACCAGGCCCGGCCCAGAGGAGGCUGGUGAGAUGGAGACCCAACAGAAGCAGCUGCAGAAGAGGUUUGGGGGCUUCACUGGGGCACGGAAGUCGGCACGGAAGUUGGCCAACCAGAAGCGGUUCAGCGAGUUCAUGAGGCAGUACCUGGUCCUGAGCUUGCAGUCCAGCCAGCGCCGGCGCACCCUACAGCAGAAUGGCAUCGGGGUGAUCCCCCAAACAGCAUGUGUCCAGCCCCAGACCUGCCGCCUGGGAAUCAGGAUUCCUUCCUCCCCAAGGCUGUGAGCGCCUGUAGGUCGGCAGGCUUUGCCUCCAGAACUGUCCCAUCCCCACCCACCCAUGGCAUGUUUCACCUCGACCCUGUUGCUACAUCAGAGUGUAUUUUUGUAAUUCCUCCAGCUAACAUUUAAACCGGCCCCAUCUCUGCUAACCUGCCUCUCCCCUCUUCCAGGGGCAGGCGGGCGAAAGGAAUACGAAAUCAAGCCUGGGGUUUUGACUUGUCACUGCCAUAUCUUGUUUGUAAAAGAGCUGUUCUUCUUGACUGAUUGUUUUAAACAACUAUUUCUCCAUUAAACUUCUAUUGAGCAAAUGGUUAAUAAA